AUGCACAAUUCGGCAUCUCAAUCUCGGGACGGCGUGUGGAUCAACUGCCCGCAUAUACCACGAAACCGCAUCGAAGGUGUGAAUGUUGGUGUGAGUGGAUGUUGGAUCGAUGAGACGGGACUCACGGGAGGCGAUUGCUGCCGGGGGUACCCUGCUGUACCGCCGGAACGGGACGCGCUUCCAGGGUGGUGGUGGGGAGGAGGGUGGCGCGGGGGUUCACUUGCCCAGAAGGCGCCCUGGUUGCGGUCAAUGAUUGCUACCCCGCCAAACUUGAACAUUCCAGAGCUGCAGAGCUGUGAGAUCCGCCGAACGCGUCAUUGGUGGGAGGCUGAUUUGUGUGAUGGAAGCUUCCCUAUUCUUAUUCCCAUUCCAGCAAACCACCGCCACUUGCAUUUCAGCUAUCACCAGGUAUCGCCGAACAUCAUGAGCAACCUUCAUGCGCCGACGGUUCCAUCAGGGCCUACCACUGUCCCCGUCACCAACGGCCAUGCUACACAUCUGUCCAUUCAAGAGCUCCAGCGCAAGAAGGACAACAUCGAGGCCGAACUCAGAGCACUCGGUGGCGUGCUGGACUCGCAUGGUGUCGACAUGAACACGAGUCUCCUCACCCACGAUGGUUUUCCCCGAGCCGAUAUUGAUGUGGCGCAAAUUCGAACCACAAGAGCACGCAUCAUCCAUCUUCGAAAUGACUGGAAAGACCUGAUGGCUUUGAUUGAGAAGCGCCUUCAUGAGCACUUUGCCAGUCUAGAGGACAAUGACGACGAUACAACAGUGAACGAUCCUACCAGUGUCAACGUUGCCCUUCCACAAGACUCGGUACCCGAAACACCUGAUCCAGCCUUUGCCAAGGUUAACACAGUGGUGGAGAAUAGCCCCGCUGCAACAGCAGGACUCAAGCCUGGGGACUUGAUUCGAAACUUUGGCUAUGUCAAUAGAGAGAACCACGAUGGCCUACGGAAAGUGGCUGAGUGCGUCCAAGGCAACGAAGGGGCAAAAUAUUCUUGUUAA